CCCGCGCUGUGAGCAGCAGAAGCGCGCAGACCUCCGCGUUCACCGCCUCAGGUUAGCAUCGAGCUAACGAGCUUUACAGGCGGAGGAGCAGCAGAGCACCGAGGGGAAGACACCCGGCCGCAUCGGUUCUCUGUCCGUUUACACAGAGGAGGUGAUUUUUGUUUGUUUGUUUGUUUUAUUUUGAAAAUGCAGUAAAGGAGAGGGAGAGCGCGAGAGAUCUGUCUCCUGUUCAGGAAACUUUACCUCACAGUCUCUCAGAAUGACUCCAUUCAAAAGCUGGAGGUAACCAGAAGAUAUCUGCGUUCUUUUGUUCGACAUGGUCCACUGGACCACUGUUCUGGUGCCAUGUAUUUGGAUUCAGGCCCUUACGAUGUUGGUGGCAUCAGAUACCUGCCCCUCUUCGUCCCUCGCACCCGUCAACUUCUCUGUGCCUUACCCUAUGCCCUCCUUUCAGACCUCCAACCCCAUCCAGAACAUCGUCGUCAACCCGAUUUACAACGAGGUCUACGUGGGGUCGCGGAACCUCAUCGAGGCAGUAAACGGCACUCUGGGUAAACUGUGGGAGCUGCGCACCGGACCUGUGGGCAGCAAGGAGUGCCACCUGUGUCAACUGUGCGACAUUGAGAACGAUCCGUUCGGGGAGGAUACGGACAGCGAGGUGCUGCUGCUUGACACCUUCCUCAUGUACCUGUACGCGUGUGGCAGCUCUCAGUAUGGAGUGUGUUACUUCCACCAGCUCAAUGAAAACGGACAGGCGCCGGCGCCCUCCCAGUGCCUUUUUCGCAAAGAAGCCAAUUCCGCUGAUUUCUGCCCAGACUGCAUCGCCAGUCCACUGGGCACCAAGGUCAGCAUGGUGGAGGAGGGACAGACAGUGUAUUUUUAUGUCACUGCAACAGUCAACGACAGCGUGACACAGCGGUACGGCCGGAAGUCCGUCUCGGUGCGGCGUCCUUUAGCCACCGAGGAUGGCUUCCACACGGACGUGCAGGACCUGACGGUGCUGCCCGAGCUGAGGCGGGUGUACCCCAUUGAGUACGUUUACAGCUUCUACAGUUAUGACUUUGUCUACUUCCUGUCGGUGCAGAGGGAGAAGGCGGAGCCACAGGGCGCGUCUCCUUUUCAGACACGACUCGGACGUCUGCCGCGCAACGAAUGGGAAAUGCGCCGCUACCGAGAGGUUGUGCUUGAGUGCCGCUUCGAGCCCAAGCGCAGACGCAGGAACGCGGGCGGCACCAGCACCGGCGCCAGCGAGGCCUUCAAGGACAUCGUGUACAACGUGGUGCAGGCGGCGCACUUCAGCAAGGCCGGGCGUGAGCUCGCCGAUGAGCUCGGUGCAGAAGAAAACGAUGACAUCCUGUACGGUGUUUUCGCCGUCACGGACGACUCGGGUGUUACCGAGCACAACUCUGCUCUUUGUGCGUUCCCCAUGGAUGUGGUGAACAAGUUCAUUGAUCAGGGAGUGGAGGACUGCUGCAAAUCUGGACCUGAGCAGCUCUCUCGCGGGCUGUGCCACUUCCAGACCUGCGAAAGCUGCCCACACGAGAGCAUGGAGCAUAAUGUGAGCUGCAGAGAUCAGCCCACUCUGGUGGCCCAGUCAUGUUACAGAGUGGAUCUGCUCAACAGACAGAUGAGAGACACGUUGCUCACCUCCCUGCUCGUCACUACCAUCGACAACAAAACCCUCGCUCACAUCGGCACGGCCGACGGCAGGCUGCUACAGUUCGUCUUGCGGCGGUCCAGUCCCUUCCUUUUCGCCAACUAUUCCCUCGCACACAACCAGAGGGUGUCGUCCACGGCUGCUGUGCUUCUCCCAGACCAUCUCCUGUUUGUCGUGGGGAAUAAGAUGAUCCAGGUGCCUCAGAGAGGUCCAGGGUGUCUCCAUUUCCUCACCUGUGCUGAGUGUCUGAGUGCACCGAGGUUUAUGGCUUGUGGCUGGUGUUCUGGACGGUGCACCUGGCAGUCUGAGUGUUCAGGGAACUGGGUCAAAGAGUUUUGCCCACCUGUCAUCACUGACUUCUUCCCAAAGACAGCGCCCCCUGAUGGUCAGACGGAGGUGUCGCUGUGUGGAUUCGAGUUCCAGUCGCCCCACAAACCUGACAUCACCACCAUGACUCACGUGGUGAAGUUCGGAGAAACCAGCUGCAUGGUGUACCCUCAAAAAAGCAACAGCACAGUGCUGAUGUGUAAGAUCCGGUCCGGGGUAACGGAGCCUCCGUUUAAUAAGCCGAUUAACGUCACAGUGAGCGUGCGUGAGGAUCGCAAGGAAGGCCCUUACUUCAUCAACGGGACUGACGAAAUGCCCGGAUUCACAUUUGUGCUGCCCAACAUCACAGAGGUGCAGCCGGAUUACGGUCCCAUGAAUGGAGGCACCUUGAUCAACAUCACCGGAGAUUUUUUACACUCGGGGAAGACCAGAAAGGUCACCCUGGAUGGCGAAGUUUGUCAUAUCAAAGGCGUGUCUGUCAUCCAGGAGACCCUGUCCUCCAUCCUGUGUCUUUCUGACCAUGUCCAUGAGGUGAAGGAUGUCGUGCUGCAAGUCUACAUCGAUAAGUUUCGCAUUUCCACUACCAGAGUGUUCCGCUACAAGGAGACGCCCGAGAUCCACUCCGUACAGCCCGACUGCAGCUUCAACAACGGCUCGCGAAUCACGAUCGAAGGGAAAAACCUGGACUCUGUCUACAGGACCAUCAUCCACUUCAAACCCAAAGAGAGCCACCUGAAACCAGUUUCCACUGAAUGCAUUGGAAAAGCCAAGUCCACCCGUAUGGAGUGUGUGACUCCCGUCUUCCCCAGAGAUGAGACGGAAGAAGGAGAGCUCUCCUUUGACAUGGAUGGAGCUGUGGGUCUGUGGAAGCAGGACUUCUCCUAUCACCCCUACGGCAGACCCAUUCCGUUUGAGACUGAGGGGCACAUUCUCACACUCUAUCCUGGGUUUGAUGAAGUUUCUUUACAUCACCAGAAGCUGAACCUGGUGAAUUCCUGCAUGAAGAUUACCAUGACCGUCGGAGGGGUCGAUUGUGGAGCGAAGGUUUUGGAUAACGAGAUCACCUGCCGCAUCCCCAAAAACCUCACCAUCCCUAACGAGGGCUUACCUGUGAAGAUUACGGUCAAUGGCCACGUUCAUGCCGUGGGCACGGUCGUCCUGGUGAGCAACCACUAUGUAGUGGGUAUCGUGCUCGGCAUCCUGGGAGCUCUGGUGGCCGGUGCAGUGCUGGCUUAUGUCACCAUGAAACACCUAAGGAAGAAGAAGACCGCUUCUCUGGCUGAGAGUCGGCUUUCCCACUACUCUCACAAUCACAGUCUCUCAGGCAACGGCAACGUCGAGCUCCUGCCUCUCGGAGACUACAGACGAAGUGAGAAUAGAGGAGAACAUGGCUUCAGUACGAGCACUGCGUCUCCCGUGCCUGUAGCGUUUCAAGGACUGGCCUACAGCAACACGCUGGACCCCAGCCUCAACCCGCUCUUGCCUUCCAAGAAAAUUUCUAUCUCAAGCUUCCACCCUGAGCUCCUGGAGGAGGUGAAGGACGUCCUCAUCCCGGCGUCCAUGCUGAACGUACAGUACCAUCAGAUCAUCGGGAAAGGUCACUUCGGCACAGUUUACCACGGUUACCUAACCACCGACCACAACAAAUGGGAAACCCACUGUGCUGUGAAGUCACUCAGUAACAGGAUAACAGACGUGGAGGAGGUUGAGCAGUUUUUGAAGGAGGGGAUUCUGAUGAAGGCUUUCCACCACACUAAUGUGCUCUCUCUGCUGGGCAUCCUGUUGCCUCAUGAAGGGCUCCCCUUAGUGGUGCUGCCUUACAUGAAGCAUGGAGACCUGCGUCACUUCAUACGCUGUGAGAACAGGAGCCCUACAGUCAAGGACCUGAUUGGCUUCGGGCUUCAGGUUGCCAAGGGGAUGGAGUAUUUGGCGCAGAAGAAGUUUGUGCACAGAGACCUAGCUGCCCGCAACUGCAUGCUGGACGAGUCAUACACGGUGAAGGUGGCGGACUUUGGCAUGGCUCGUGACGUGUUCGAUAAGGAGUACUACAGCAUCCAGGACCACAGGAAAGCGAAGCUGCCUGUCAAAUGGAUGGCCAUCGAGAGCCUGCAGACGCAAAAAUUCACAUCCAAAUCUGACGUGUGGUCCUUUGGGGUUCUGUUGUGGGAGUUAUUGACGCGAGGAGCGAGCCCUUACCCAGAGGUCGACCCAUAUGACAUCACACAUUUCCUCUUAAAGGGGCGGCGACUUCCUCAGCCACAGUAUUGUCCUGAUCCACUGUUUGCUAUCAUGCUGCAGUGUUGGGAUCCAGACCCAGAGCUGAGACCCAGCUUCUCCACACUGGUCUCUGAGGUGAUGGAUAUCCUCUCGGGCCUGGAAGGAGAGCACUACAUCAGCCUGAAAGUGACGUACGUCAACCUGGACCAGCCACGCCCUUACCCCGCCCUCACCGACUCCGCAGACGAGUGCGAGUCCUUGGAUGAGGACGAGGCGGUCUCGACUGCCACCUGAGCAGCUGCGCGUGCCCGUCACUAUUAGAAAAGGUGCUAAGACGUCAACCCAGAGUCAGUGAUUAUUUAUUUAUUACAUAGCAGCCGUACUGGAAUGUAAAGUUGUGAAAGAAGUGUGCUUUCUGUAGCAUCCAGAAAAGGUGUCUGAGGCAAAACGAAGUGCACACUGCACAAAGUCAGCCUUUCAUUUUAUUCAGAAAUCGCAACACAUCCACCAAGAUUGGACCUGAAUCAGAACAGGUGCCAGUUAUUACAGUGCGAACAGUUGAGCGAUUAAGAGACUGACAAAGGAUUUGGUUCAUCAGAGAUGAUCUGGUAUUUUUAGUAAAAAAAAAAAAAAAAAAGGAAGUUGUGAUUACAGAAAUUAGCGACAAAUGAGAAAGAGGCUUGGAUUUCACAUCAAUCAUUUCCAGACCUGUAGAAUUCUGGAAACAUGCAAUAUGUUCUGUCGACUUUAAAGGUUUCCUUUUUCAGGAUACAGACAAUAACCUUAAAAAAAAACAAAAUACUUGCUUUGUAUUUGUAUCAAUUCAAUAAUUAGUGCUCUGUAAGGAACAUGAUGAGCAUCUGCCAUAAUUUUACGACAUAGCAGUUUGGGUUUUUAUUAAAAUUAAAUUGAAGGUUUUGUUUGUUUGUUUUUCUCUGCACAACGUCAGCUGAAAGCUGCUGUAUUCCUUGUCAGGUUCAAUCCACCUGAGCAAAAGCAGAAACCAUGUCUUCACAGAUAUUACUUUUGAAAACCAGCAGAGUUUUUUUUUUUUGUUGUUUUGAGGGAUCCAAGUCACUCAAAGUGUCCGAAGUUGUAAUUUGUAAAAUCCUGCAUUUUGUAACUUCUGUCAUGUCGACGCUGCUGACAGAUUGUGACAAAAAAAUUUCUGCACUGACAGAAAUAUGGCUGAUUUUUAAAGUUGUGCUCUUCGCCUGAGUGUUUUGCGUUCUCAGUCCUGCAGCACAGCUCGUCUCAUCCAUCUGCGUUUCCAAAAUGUUUUGUAGCACAUUUUGAUGAUUGAUCUAAAGCAUCAGAACACGUUCUAGAAAAGCUAGGAGGCAAAAAUCCCACAUUGGAUUGUUUUAAGAUCUUAUUUUCCCACUAUUCACUGUGCUGUCUGGGUGGGAGGGGUUUACACUCUCUCCCCCACUGAUCACACUGGCACGAGCCAAUCGUGAGCGUCUGUGUGUUCAUGUAUGCGGAAGAAGGCAGACGGCGCAUUUGCUCUGAGGGUGUCUGACUGUAAGCACUUUGCAGUGAGCUCCGAGGUCAGACCUCGCUCGUUCACGAUGCACUCAUCUUCCCCUCGUAUGAUCUCAUUUAUGUGAAUUUUCACAGUCGUGAAUUCAUUUUCCUGAUUAUUCCAUCACCAGGUGAAUGCACCUUUCGCCUUGACGCUUCCGUGAGCAAUCGGUCUCAUCAGGCCGCACUCGGACAGGUCCGAGUGAACAAAAAAAUAAAGGAGCAAAAGAGGAUGUAUUAUCGAGGAUGCGUAUUAUAUGUAUUAUAACUAUUGAAAUAUUUUUAAGUGCUUCUCAUUGCAUAUUGUACUGUACAUAUACAGCGCUGUGCAAAAGUCUUUGGCCCCUUUUUUUCAUACAAACUUUGUUAUAGAUUUCUGUUUUAUGACAUCUACGUUCAUUAUCAAGUCACAACAUUACAAAAACAUUUUAGAGUUCCAAACGUUUGUUGUUGUUGUUUGUUCCAGCACAAAAUUAAAUGUUACAGAAAGAAAAAAGUUUGUAUCUGAGCAGCAUAUUACAGACAGAAGAGCCCACUUUCAGAUUAAAAAAGAAACCAUAAUGAAGGCUGCUGGGUUUUGGUGCAAAAUGAAGAAGUGAGUGUGACAGUCAAAGUGUGCAGAAGAACUGCGGCUGGUUCUGUAAGAUGCUCAGUAAAACCUACAGCUCAUUUCUGCAUCAAACUGCACUCACUGGACCGGAAACUUUUUUUUUUUUAAAGCAGGGGGUCGUCUCACACCAAAUACUGACUUUGUUUCAUUUAUUAUGACUUACUGAUUACUGUUUAUAGUAUUUUUUUUAUGUUGAAGCAUUUAAUUUCAUUAUUUUUAAGGACAUUUUUGGUCGACAGCAUUUUUUUUUACAUGAGCCUCAGACUUUUGUAUGUGUUGUAUGUGAUCAAUUUAGAUUAAUUAAUCAAAAAGCAUGUAAUUAAUUAGAUUGUUUUUAUUUUUAAUUGUUUCACAGAAUGAAUAAUAAUAAUGAAAAAAAAAAUGUCGCAAGGUUCUGGCUGCCGUAAUCACAGGUAUUAAACCUGGUGAUUGUCAUGAAGGAAAAUGAUGAUGCUCUGUUUUAAUAAUAGAGAAAUCAGGAAUCAAGGUUACGGGUGUCAACAGGAUACGUUACGAUUUCUGUCCAACAAUUUAAUAUUUUCUUUUACAAUAGCACUGAGCUAGCAGUAGACUGGGAGAGUUAUAAAACACCAGGAUCGGUACAGGCAGGAUUUUUUUUUUUUUUUUUUUGUGUGUGUGUGUGUGUGUGUGUGUGUGUGUGUGAAAGUAAACAGUUAUAUAAGAGAGCAGUAUCGUGUUCCUCAGAGACAGUGAUAUUACAGAUAUUAGCUGAGAUGGUGAAUCGUCGAGCUUUCGCAUCUUCUGAUGUUGUAAACACGCACAUUUGAGUUUUGUUGACAUUUAUAUUUGUCGAAUGUACAUUCCAGUAGAAGACAGUGGUCACACUUUACUACUAGACCACUAAAAAGGAAUAUUUAGCCCGAAUGUGCUCAUGCGUCGAACACUGAACCAGGUAGCAUCUUAUUUAUUUUAGUGUUAACCAGCACCUGCUUGGUUUCAGUCCUAAUUAGCAAAGCUAAAGUGUUUUUCAGCCUGAUCUCUGUUUGUUACGUUUGCGUGUUCAGUCCAGACAAGAAUUUUUACAAGACAAGAAUCCAACUAUAAACACAAAUCUGAAUAAUCUUCUGAAAGGACGAAUUUUUCAGAUGUACAGAUAAAUUUAAGAUGCGUCUGCAGGCGCGGGCGGAUUUAUUCAUCACGGGUUAAAGGAGAUACACAGAACCUUUAUUUUUAAAUACAUUUCUAAGUGGAUAGUAUGUCCGCCCUUGACUCUUGUAUGCUGCAUAAAUGGAAAUAAAAAUAUAUAUUUUUGAGAGUUAAAAUCGACUGCAAAGUUGGGAUUGGAGCUGCCCCGCUGAGCCAGCCAACCCUGAGUGCGUGACGUCACGGCAGGAACCGGUUUUCAGGCCGAGGCCUUUUACAGCUAUAGGCCAAAGUCAUAUAAAUUAAAAAUUUAUGGUGAGAGUGAGAAAUAACGUUACCGACUUGCUCAACUAAGACUGAUUUGACUUCAUUGAUUGUGGUUUGACUCUCAUUAAAACAGGAUGGGUGUUAUAACUUAUGCCACAUACAUGUACAUGCAUGCAUUUUCACUGAUAAAAUGUAAAAGGCUCAUUAAAUAAUCAGAUGAACUGAGACAAUCACAUUCUGAAGCAAAUUAAAUAAUCUCAUGCCGCUAACUUAAACACACAAUACAAGUUACAUGUAUUAAUCUAAAUGCAGGUACACAAAUGAGAGUCGGCGCUUACCCAUCUGUGUUCUCGCUUCUUGAAGGCCGACCUUGUGGCCGAUUUGUUUUGAAACAAUCUGACUUUCAGUUGUUCAUUCAGUUCUCCGUUCAUUCGCUUCUUCCACGUAAGGGUGAGAUAUUGCUGCUGAGGCAAGUAUAUCCAACGGAGAAAUCAGACUGCUGCUCCACUCAUUCUCCAUUUUCUCCAUACUGAGUACUCCGCCAUUACUGCUCGGCUCAGGCAAUCACUAAAACCCGGGACUGGACGGGACGUCACCCUCGGCUCACGCUCCGGGAGGACUGGUGCAACUGAACUUACUUUCCUUUUUUUUUUUUAAAUUUAAUUAAAUACUUUUCCUUUUCUUGUAGUUUUCUUUUUCUUUAAUUGUUGGUACUGCACCCUCUUUCAGUACGGGCUUAUAGCCAACGCUCCUCAACAGAUCAGAGGUUUCGUACGAGUCUUCAGUAAAAUGUGCAGAGCAGAGGAGAGACCACUUUGUAGGCGCCCAAUGUGCCCAUGAACUUCUUGCAAAACGUGUCCAAAUCUUUGCAGUUUGAACAUUCUUGGGCCAUGAAUGCAACGUAAAUCCAGCUUCUGUCGUGUUGCUGCACCCGCCAGCAGCACAUCUACGUGGCAAGGCGAUAAAUUAGCUCAAAAUGGAGGAUCGGAGCUGCAGUCAGCUCUGUGUUUUAGUAUAGCGGAAAUGGCGAUGAGACCGAUAGACUUCCUGCUGUGACGUCAAGGUCAUUCACUCAGACCGCUACCUAUAUGAAUCACUUUAAUCGUAAAAAUUACUGUAUUAGAUUUAUUGUUAACGCUUAAAACUAUUCCUGUGCCAUUCUUGAGGUCAUUUAUAAAUGAAAGUGAGGCCAUGGCUCUGCGUAUAUGCUUUAAGCAAGCAUCAAAAACAAAACAAAAAAAUCUCCAUAGAGACUUUUGUAAAACAUUUUCAUUUUAUGUUCGGGUUAAAAUUUAAUGUGCGCCACGAUGUUCAACGCAGUCUUUCGAAUCCCACCACCUGCCGCACUCCACACAUCAACAGAGAGGUGAGAAUCAACUGAUUUUUAAAAAAUAAAUACACACUGUUGCAUCGAGAGAAACUAAAGAUGCUAGUCAGAGUUUAUUUUAUUUUAUUUAUAUAUUUUUUUAACGUGAGAUGCAAGGAUAAAACACCAGCUUGUGCGAUUAUAUUUGUUUGUGUCCCAGAGUCUGAAUAAAUUCUGUAACUCACAAACUUGCUGAGGACAGACAGUGUAUUUCUGAUAUCGCGUUAACGCCCACUUUUUUAGCCGAGUCAGUUAAGGGACUGUAGAUGACACUGGAGCUUUUACACACCUGGAGGACUUGAUCAAUUCAUGAGUCCAUUUGAAUUGUGUCCUAUUUCAAGUCAUUUCUGUGUCUGUUACUCGUGAUAAACAUUCGACUGAAAAACGUUUUGACUGUUUGUGAUCACUGACCGCAUGAGCUGCGGCUGCAGUGUACUUUGGCUCAUAGGACUGUACAUAAUUGUACGUUUGAGAAUGAAACAGUAUGUACUUGCUUUAGAUUCUUGAUGCACAAGUUUUAUUGAUGCCUGAUUUUCAUUCUGUAACUGAACUCAUGACAUUGUGUGGCUGUGCUCGAUGUGACCUGUGCGUUUCUCAUUUAAACACCUCAGAUAGCAUCACGAUACUUUAUUUCACUGGCUUUAAUUUGAAGUUCCUCAAAUCGUAUAGGAGUUUUAUCAUGGUUCAUAACAAAUGUUUAAAUAAAAAGAUGUCAAGAAAGA